CCCAACCCUUCCCCAAGCGCGCGGGGUCGCAAAUAUGUCAACUUCUCCCCGCCUUCCUUGACUCAACAGCGCGCACCCCAUACAUAAUGAGGGUUCGUACUCGAACUGCGCAUCGGGGGCGCACCAUCCAUGGGGUGCCCAAAGUCAUCGGCGGCUCAUUCAUGCCUGCGUCGGAACUCGGGCGCCAUGAUUCUCGAAAACAGGUCGCGCGAGCCCAGGUGGUUAUAUACCACCCCUACUAUCGCUGUGGUAUUUGUCGAUCACCCUUCUGGACCUCUCCUGCGGCUCUCUCGUCAUGUCUUCUACUGUCAAGCCGGAGUUCAUAGAGCUGGAAUGCGGCUCCCACACAUUCUGCCAACCUCCCAACUACAAACAGUUCACGCCGGAUAACUCUGCCCCACCGUCGCCGGGGACGGAUGUCACCCUUACUGGCCCCUUUCCAGAGGUGAUCGCGCCGUCUGCGACCGCGUCGACGGUCACGAUUCCGCAGAGAAACGAGUCCUCGCUGCCCCCCGCCGACGGUGGCAUGCAGGCCUGGUGCUUCCUGCUUGCUGCAUUCCUCGUCGAUGCGACAGUCUGGAGCUUUCCCUUCACGUACGGCGUGUUCUUAGAAAGCUAUCUUAGCGAGCCAACAUACGCCGAGCAGCCUCACGCGCAAGUGCUUCUGCCGCUUGUCGGUACCAUAUGCACGGGAAUCAUGUACUGCUCAGGACCUGCACUUUACCCCCUCAUCGUGCGCUUCCCUCGCUGUAGGCGGCCAGCUAUCUGGCUAGGAGCUGCAAUCUGCGCCCUCAGCCUUUUGGCUGCCAGCUAUACCACAAAAGUCACCCACCUUGUCGCCUUGCAGGGCGUUUUGUACGCUCUCGGUGGAUCCCUCAUCUACUCCCCCACCAUCUUCUACAUGUCGGAGUGGUUCAUUCGCCUCCGCGGGACCGCCAACGGCAUCGUAUUCGCCGGCACAGCAACAGGCGGCUUAGUCCUUCCUCUCGUCUUCCCCAAGGUGCUCGCGUCGUACGGAAUUCCAAGAACACUGCGCUACCUCUCCAUCGCCAUUGCUGUUGCCCUCCUACCCGUCCUCCCCUUUAUCAAGGGCCGUCUGCCGCACACGCGUGUGCAUGGGCCGGCGCCGCGCGCGAGCAACCGCGAGUGGAUGAAGAACCCGUCUUUUUGGCUGUAUACCAUCGUCAACCUCAUUCAAGGCUUCGCGUACUUCAUGCCGAUUGUUUGGCUGCCGACUUUUGCGAAGUCCCUCAACCUGAGCUCCCUGCAGUCCGCGGCGACCCUGUCUGCGCUGAAUGGCGCGACCAUGAUCGGCGGGCUCUGCAUGGGCUACCUGUCCGAUCAGUUCAACUCCUGGGCUUUGACCCUUGGCUCUCUCGUCCUCACCGCCGUCGUGACCUUCGUUCUCUGGGGUAUCCUCGGGAACACAUUCGCAGGGCUCGUUGCCUUCGGCUUCGCAUAUGGCAUCGUCGCAGGCAGCUUCAGUAGUCUGUGGGCGUCCUUUGCGCGAGUGUAUGCCAACGAAGAGCCCGCGCUUUCGACUACGCUCUUCGGCUUCAUGAUCUUGAGCCGCGGCAUCGGAAACGUGCUGUCUACCCCCAUCGCCACUGCUCUCACCGGCGCGCAUGCACUUUCGACGUCUCUAGCCAGUGGCUACUCAGUCGCCGGAGGGAAGUACGGCGGCAUGAUUAUCUACUCGGGCUCUUGCUUCGCCGGCGCUGCUGGGCUAGCCCUCUUCGGCUGGAGAACGGACAGCUGGGCAUUGCGUCGUGUGCGCCUGAACACCAAUGAAGCCUAAGUUGAGGCUGGACAAUCAUAGAUCACAAGUGUACGUUGAAAACUACUAGUAUUAGACCUUUCUUUGUUCUCGGUAUUGGGUUUUAUAGAGGCUUAGGCUUGCCAUGUUGUUUGAAUAAUCACACUUACUUAUUGCGCAGGCAGAGGCUACCCCACGGAUAAAUGAGAUGCUGUCCAUAUCAUGCUG